CAACGGUGACCUCUUGUGACAGAAGAUUUCGACAGAUUCAACAAACGCAGGAACGUAUUCCGGCUCUCGUCCGGAAGUGACGCAUUCACUGGUUGUCAACAAGCAAGAUGGCGACCCAUCACAGGCAGAACGCUGCUGGACGGAGGAAAGUCCAGGUUUCCUACGUGAUCAGAGAUGAGGUGGAGAAGUAUAAUCGUAACGGUGUGAACGCUCUUCAGCUGGAUCCUGCUCUCAACAGACUCUUCACCGCCGGCCGAGAUUCCAUCAUCAGGAUAUGGAGUGUCAAUCAACACAAACAGGAUCCUUACAUCGCUUCAAUGGAGCAUCACACGGACUGGGUGAAUGACAUCAUCCUCUGCUGUAAUGGAAAAACAUUGAUAUCGGCCUCCUCGGACACCACCGUCAAAGUCUGGAAUGCACACAAAGGGUUCUGCAUGUCUACGUUAAGGACACAUAAGGACUAUGUCAAAGCUUUAGCAUAUGCAAAGGACAAGGAGCUGGUGGCAUCAGCUGGGCUGGACAGGCAGAUCUUCCUGUGGGAUGUGAACACACUGACAGCUCUGACCGCCUCCAAUAAUACAGUCACCACUUCCUCACUGAGUGGAAACAAGGACUCUAUCUACAGUCUGGCCAUGAAUCAGACAGGAACUGUGAUCAUCUCCGGAUCUACUGAGAAGGUCUUGAGGGUCUGGGAUCCUCGAACAUGUGCUAAACUAAUGAAGCUGAAAGGCCACACUGACAACGUCAAAUCAUUAUUGUUGAACAGAGACGGCACUCAGUGUCUCUCCGGCAGCUCGGAUGGUACGAUACGCUUGUGGUCUCUCGGUCAGCAGAGAUGCAUUGCCACAUACCGGGUCCAUGAUGAGGGUGUGUGGGCACUGCAGGUGAACGAGGCCUUUACGCACAUCUACACUGGCGGACGUGACCGAAAAAUCUACUGCACGGAUCUGCGUAACCCUGACUUACGUGUGCUCAUAUGUGAAGAGAAAGCUCCCAUCCUGACGAUGGAGUUGGAUAAAUCAGCUGAUCCUCCUCAAGCAGUUUGGGUCUCCACAACUAAAUCAGUUGUUAACAAAUGGUCUCUAAAGGGCAUGCAUAACUUCAGAGCUUCUGGAGACUACGACAACGACUGCAGCGCCCCUUUAACUCCGCUGUGUACACAGCCAGAGCAGGUCAUCAAAGGAGGCGCCAGCAUUGUUCAAAGUCAUAUUCUCAAUGACAAGAGGCACAUACUCACUAAAGACUCCAAUAACAGUGUGGCAUUCUGGGAUGUCCUCAAGGCAUGUAAGGGGGAAGACCUGGGUAAAGUGGACUUUGAUGAAGAAAUUAAAAAGAGGUUCAAGAUGGUCUAUGUGCCGAACUGGUUUUCUGUAGAUCUCAAAACAGGGAUGCUGACCAUCACGCUGGAUGAAAGUGAUUGUUUUGCGGCGUGGGUGGCAGCUAAAGAUGCUGGAUUUACAAGCCCAGACGGAUCAGAUCCAAAGUUGAAUCUGGGUGGGCUGCUCCUGCAGGCGCUGUUAGAGUUUUGGCCCAGAACUCAUAUCAACCCAAUGGAAGAGGAGGAAAGCGAACUUAACCAUGUGAACGGUGAACAGGAGAGUCGAAUUCAGAAGGGCAACGGCUACUUCCAGGUUCCUCCACACACUCCUGUCAUCUUUGGUGAAGCAGGAGGAAGAACAUUGUUUAGGUUAUUGUGUCGUGAUUCUGGAGGAGAGACGGAGUCCAUGUUACUGAAUGAAACUGUACCUCAGUGGGUUAUCGAUAUCACUGUAGAUAAAAACAUGCCAAAAUUCAACAAGAUCCCAUUCUACAUCCAAGCUCAUUCAUCGUCCGGGGCCAAAACACUCAAAAAGGACCGUCUGUCUGCUAGCGACAUGCUACAGGUGCGCAAAGUGAUGGAGCACGUCUACGAGUAGAUGACCACCA